AUGCCUUUCUCCACCGAGGAGAAACAGUUACAUCGCCUCAUCCUGGAGGAUCUUCUGAAUGAGUUCCUCACGAAAGACGAGGAUUUCUUGCCGAAGAUCCGGAAGGCGAAGUCCCUGUUGGGCAUGGUCAAGCAGGGUGCUGACAGCCAAGAGAUGGUGGGUCAGGAUGUGGAUGAUAUAAUCGAGAAUUCCUACGAACACGCCGUUGCCGCAGCUGCUGAUGACACGAGCAGUGUGGCAACCGGUGCCAGCAUGUCUCCCGACAGAUUCUUCGAGGAUGGAGAGGAGCUCGAUUCGAAGCUCGCAGCGCCUGCCACGGAGGCUACUGCUGGCCUCGUCGUGGACCCUUCGACGGUGGAGACCCAGGUGGAGAUCGCGAUGCAGUUGCCUGAGAACAGGCGCCAAGCAGCACAGGAGAAGCGACCGCCCGUGCAUGUCCGCCCGACGGACAUGCCCCAGGAGCUGCAAGAGCAGGCCGAGCUGCAGCUGAAGCUCUUGUCGGCCAGUCCUGUAGCAGCUGCGGCCAAAGCACAUGCAGAAGAACAGAAAGUGCAGAAGAAGCAAAACAAGGGCGGCAAGAAGAAGACCCCUGCAGCCCAGACUGAGAAGAAGGACAACGGAGUCAAGAAGGACAAGCAAAACAAAAAGAAGAACACAGCUGCUGAAACGCCAGCAGCUGCAGAGGCAACACGAGCGGCAGGGACGACGAAGAAGCCGGCUGAUCUUAGCUCGAGCUGGCUGGAUGCUGCAGUCGAAAUCCGCCGAGCCGGGAUCCCAAUACCGGAUGGAUUCCAUGGAGACCGGCCAUCCUUUACAGCCCAAAUCACGGGUACGGACUCGAAGGCUACAAUCAUCUGGCAGCAACGGUCAAUCUACGUCAAGAAGUCGAAGGGCUGUAAGGAUGAAAAGGUGAAUGUCGAUGGCAAAGGAGGCUCGUGGGUCUUCAUGAGUUGCAGUGUGCAUAAGCGCCAGCCGGAUGAUGGGGCCUAUGGUGACACCAAUCGGACUUCGGUCCGCACGGCCAAUUUAAUCGCGACACGCACAGCACUGCUGCUCUUGUUAGCAUAUGUGCUGGAUGUAGAGUGGAUUAUCGAGCAACCUGGCGGCUCGGUGUUGCGAUUCUUCAAACCGCUUCUGUAUGUCAUCCAAAACUGCCAACCUUCUGUCUACUUCAAGAAAUUCUACUUGGCAUGCUAUGGACACUUUGCUCCGAAAUCGACGUGGCUGCUGGGCACGUCUGCUAUUGUGAAGAAGUUCGAUCGGAAGCUUUCGAAGAGGAAACGAAAGGAGCUUCGAGACAGGCAGCUUGAGGCUGGGGCCAACUUGGUCAUCAGGACUGUUGGACAGGACGGGGUCAAAAAAGUGAGGGCAGCUCCACCUUUGAAGUGGAGCGAGCACUACCCGAGUGAGUUUUGCACCUCCAUCGUGAAGUACAAGGAUGAGCUCGAAAUGGCAGAACUCGAAGAUCAGCAGCACAUCAUCCGGCCAGACGACGACGAUCCAGACCGCCUCCAGUUCCGCGCCGAGGUGACCUGUGACUGGAGCUGGGCAGAUCUGACACAGCUUGAGGACUUCCUUCAUCAGGAGGAGUUGCAGGGCCGAUGGAAGAGCGUGAAAACGCGUGAUUUCACGAAUUGGCCCUGCCUCGAGGCUUUGGCUUCAAGCACGUUUGGCCUAGAUCUCGCGAUGUCCGAUGCUUCGCAAGAGCUCGACGAGGUGGCUCGGGCUGCCUUGGCAGCUGGACAGCGGCGCCAGGCUGCAGCCAAGCUUCUGCUGCAGCAAUCGGCGAAAGCUGCGGUUCCAGCAGCCUCGCCGGCCAAGGCAAAGGACCCGCCGAUGGCAACCCCAAUGAAGGACCCAACGGGAAAGCGAGCACGCGAGCCCAGAAGCAGCCCUGCCAACACGGUGACCCCCAGUACCAAAACCCCGGAUGCCAAGCAGAUCAAGACAGAGGAUGUUACCAUGACCCCGAAGAAGACACUGUUUGAUGAGGGUAUCUCCAAAGGUUUGAGUACUGGAUCCCUGGGAUCCGAGAUUGCCACCCCAGCUGUGGUCCGGCAGGUGGCUAUGUUGAACAAGGGCGCUUCGGAGCCUUUCUUGGAUACCGUGCCCGACGACCCUGACAUCCUGGAGGUCUGUAAAGAUCUCCAGACCCAGAUGACAUUGACGGUGGCUGCCCCGGACGUGCCGGUGCAGAUGGAGGCAAAGCAGAUCUCGGGUUCUGCCAGCAAGAACAGUGGCCCUUCGGAUAAGGAUGCGAUGGUGGUGGUGGUGCCGAGCAAUGAUGAGGCAAAGCAGAUCCCGGAUUCCGCGAGCAAGAACAGUGGCCCUUCGGCUACAGAUGAGACUACGGCGGUGGUGCCGCCGAACAAUGACAAGGCGAAGCAGAUCCCGGAUUCUGCCAGCAAGGACAGUGGCCCUUCGGCUACAGAUUCGACUACGGCGGUGGUGCCAAACAAUGAUGAGGCGAAGCAGAUCCCGGAUUCUGCCAGCAAGAACAGUGGCCCUUCUACGGAUACGCCGGCUUUGCAGGCGCAGCUACAGCAGGCGAGCCAGCUACUGCAGGCAUUGCAGCAAGUUGCUCCGGGUGCCACUCAGGCAAGUCUUCUACGCCCUGGAACAAUCGAUUUCGCAGAGCUCAUCCAGCAGAUGCAAAGCCUGCAAGCUUCGGAGCACGGUGGAUCAGGAUCCACUCCGGACCACACGAUCAGCGGGCCGGAUGCCACCUCGACGGGUGAUGAUGUGGAGAAGGUGGAGUCAAUGCCCCCGCCUUCGUCGAUCCCUGUGAAGCGGGCCCCGGAGGUGUUGCCCGCCACGAGGGACAACUCCCCAGCCCCGCCCUCGCUGGUGCAACGGGCUGCAGCUGCUGAGCCUAUUGGUCCGGAAGUGCAGGAGGACUUGGCCGCUGCUGAGAAGGAUAUCCAGGCUUCGUGGGGGAAGUAA